AUGUCGCAAUUAAGCUUGCACGAUCAAGCCGUUUUAAAUUGUGUUUUUAAUCCUAACUUACCUAUUGGUGAGGCUAGUGAAAAGGAUGAACCAAAAGACACUGAAGAAUGUACCUCGGAGGUUUUGGCAACAAAAUCCAUGGAAAUUGAAGCUAUUCAAGUAGCAGAAAAGGGCGAUUUAAACAAAGGCCUCAAUAUAUUGAAUGAGGCAAUUAAAAUUGCUCCUAAAAGGCCUUCACUGUUUAACAACAGAGCAAACGUAUAUCAGUAUAUGAGGCAAUUUGAAGAUGCUUUCGACGAUUUAACAACUGCAAUAGCUUUGUGUACGGAGCACCAUCAAAAAACCCUUUGUCAAGCUCAUUGUCAAAGAGGAGUUCUUCAUAAACGUGCCGACAGGAUUGAAUUGGCAAGGGCUGAUUUUGAAAAGGCAGCAGAAUUGGGUAGCAAAUUUGCUAAAAGUCAGUUAAUCGAAUUAAAUCCCUAUGCAGCCCUUUGCAACCAAAUGCUGAGAAAAGUAAUGGAAAAACUAAAUUAA